UGGCUGUCAAUUUUCUGUUUUCAUUCUCACAGCUGAUUAUUUACAUAUUAAAAAUUUUCUAAAUAUUUUUUAAAUGUUAAAUAAUGUCAUCGGCACAUUUAUCAAGUGGCAGAUGGAAUGUGGGAUUAAUACAGGAGGAAGCACGAAAACAAUUAUUGUGCCUUCUUGAAAGAUGCGAAGGGACAAAGGCAAUCGUAUGGGACAAAUCACUCGCUGGACCAAUUGGUCUUGUGGCAAAAUACAGUUUACUGCAAGAGCACGAUGUAAUUAAAAUGUAUCCAUUGGGCGGAGGUCCAUUGCCUCAAAUAAACGUUGCAAAUAUAAUUUUCAUCACCAGACCGCAACUCGAUUUAAUGGAUUUAAUUGCGGAAAUCGUUCACGGAGAAGAGGGAAGUAAACCACGAAAGGAAUUUCACAUUUUCUUCGUGCCACGACAAAGUUUACUGUGUAAACAAAAAUUAAAAAAUCGUGGCGUUUAUGGAAGUUUCACAUUAAUCGAGGAAUUUUCAUGCGAUUUAUUUCCAUUUGAUAAUGAUCUUGUUUCAAUGGAAUUAAAUAAUGCAUUUCGUGAAUUUUUUCUUGAAAAUGAUCCCACAUGUCUUUAUCAAGUGGCACGUGCAAUUCAAAGUUUACAGAAAAUUUAUGGUAAAAUAUCAAAAGUCACGGGACGAGGACCAGCGGCAAAUAAAGUUUGGGAAUUAUUGCAACGUUUAAAUCGUGAAGAGGAGGACAUUAAACAAAAUAAUUCUCAAACAUCAAUUAUUGAACAUUUAUUAAUAUUCGAUCGUUCCACCGAUUUAUUAACGCCUCUAGUCACACAAUUAACUUACGAGGGACUCAUCGAUGAAAUAUUCGGCAUUAGUAACACAACUGUUCAAUUGCCAGCGGAAAAAUUCCACGAUUCAGACGAAUCGCCAACCGUAAUGACUCUUGAUAAGAAAGAACAAAUUAUUUUAAAUUCAGGGGAAGAAAUUUUUGCUGAAAUCAGGGAUAAAAAUUUCAAUGGCGUCGGACCAGUUUUGAGUCGAAAAGCAAAAGUAAUAUCGUCGCAGUUUGACGAGAGACACGGGGACAAAAGUGUUCAGGAAAUAAAACAAUUUGUCGCGAGAUUACCGCACAUGUUGGCCACGAAGCAAUCGCUAACAAAACACACGACAAUCGCCGAGAUGAUUAAAGAAGUAACCGAUUCAAGUCAAUUUCUCGAAUCACUUCAAAUAGAACAGGAAUUAUUAAAUUGCAUCGACACAGAUAAGCCGAAUUCAUUUAUUGAAGAUAUGAUUGCCCAACAGGAACCACUAUUAAAAGUUUUACGUUUACUUUGCAUUCAGUCGUUGACAAAUUCAGGAUUAAAGGCAAAGCUUCUCGAUUACUAUAAGCGGGAGAUAAUUCAAACCUACGGCUAUCAACAUCUUCCGACAUUGUUGAAUUUAGAGAAAGCGGGAUUAUUGAAAGUUCAACAAUCGUCACGACAAUAUUCGGUUCUCAGGAAGACAUUGAAAUUAACAGUCGAGGACGAAAGUGAAAUUACACCCAAAGAUAUAAGUUACGUGCAUUCAAUUUAUGCACCAUUGAGUAUAAGACUUGCUGAACAAUUGGUUCAAGGUGGAUGGGAAGGAAUAACGGAUAUUUUGGGAUUAUUGCCGGGACCAACUUGUGGUAGUGGUUCAUUAAAUUUGAAUCCAAUUGGCAAGACUGAACGAAGGAAUUCAUUAACCAGUGAAAAUUCAAAUUCGGAACCACCAAAACUUGUACUUGUAUUUUUUAUUGGUGGCUGUACGUACGCGGAAAUUUCAGCGUUACGUUUUCUAUCUCAACAGGAAGAGUUAAACGUGGAAUUUGUCGUCGGGACGACGAAAUUAAUCAAUGGAAAUACAUUUCUAACGUCUUUAAUUGAAGAUCUUCAAGUGACCUGAAUCUUUUGUUACAUAUUAGAAUUUUAAUUGUUAUUUUAUUUAUAGAAUUUUAAACAAUAAACAUUAAUUUUUUUUCUUUGUAAAA